ACAGCCACUGCCUGCUGGGAGCCAAAUCGAAAGCACUCCAGCUGAAACUGGGCCGGGAGUCCAGGCUCACUGGAGUGGGAAAGCAUGGCUGGAGAGGAAUUCUAGCCCUUGCUCUCUCCCAGGGACACGGGGCUGAUUGUCAGCAGGGGCGAGGGGUCUGCCCCCCCUUGGGGGGGCAGGACGGGGCUUCAGGCCUGGGUUCCGUCAGGCACCUGGAAGAUGCCUGUGUCCUGGUUCUUGCUGUCCUUGGCACUGGGCCGAAGCCCCGUGGUCGUUUCUCUGGAGAGACUCAUGGAGCCUCAGGACACUGCACGCUGCUCUCUAGGCCUCUCCUGCCACCUCUGGGAUGGUGACAUGCUCUGCCUGCCUGGAAGCCUCGAGUCUGCCCCAGGCCCCGUGCUAGUGCCUACCCACCUGCAGACGGAGCUGGUACUGAGGUGUCCACAGGAGACAGAUUGCGCCCUCUGUGUCCGUGUAGUUGUGCAUUUGGCCGUGCACGGGCACUGGGAAGAGGCUGUCGAGGCUGGAAACUCUGAUUCAGAACUCCAGGAGUCUAGGAAUGCCUCUCUCCAGGCCCAGGUGGUGCUCUCCUUCCAAGCCUACCCCACGGCCCGAUGUGCCCUGCUAGAGGUCCGGGUGCCUGCUGACCUGGUGCAGCCUGGUCAGUCCGUGGGUUCUGCAGUAUUUGACUGUUUCAAGGCUGGUCUUGGGGCUGAGGUACACAUCUGGUCCUACACGAUGCCCAGGUACCAGAAAGAGCUCAACCUCACGCAGCGGCUGCCUGACUGCAGGGGUCUUGAAGUCCAGGACAGCAUCCAGAGCUGCUGGGCCCUGCCCUGGCUCAACGUGUCUACAGAUGGUGACAAUGUUCUUCUGAACGUCUCUGAGGAGCAGGACUUUAGCCUCUUACUGUACUUGAAUCACGUCCCAGGUCCUUUCAAAUCCUUGUGGUACAAAAACCUGACUGGACCCCAGAACAUUACUUUAAACCACACAGACCUGGUUCCCUGCCUCUGCAUUCAGGUGUGGUCCGUGGAGUCAGACUCUGAGAGGAUCGUCUUCUGCCCCUUCAAGGAAGAUCCCCGUGCACACAGGAACCUCUGGCACAUAGCCAGGCUGCGGGUGCUGUCUCUAGGGAGAUGGCAGCUAGAUGCGCCUUGCUCUCUGCCGGCCAAGGUGGCACUGUGCUGGCAGGCACCAGACCAGAGUCCCUGCCAGUCACUUGUGCCCCCAAUGCCCCAGAAGAAUGUCACUGUGAAUGAGCCACAAGAGUUCCUGUCGGUGAGAGACCACCCCAACCUCUGUGUCCAGGUGAGCACCUGGGAGAAGGUUCAGCUGCAAGAGUGCUUGUGGGCUGACUCCUUGGGGCCCUUCAAGGAUGAUAUGCUGUUAGUGGAGAUGAAAACCGGCCUCAACAACACAUCAGUCUGCGCCUUGGAAUCCGGCGGCUGUACACCACUGCCCAGUUUGGCCUCCACGAGAGCUGCUCGCCUUGGAGAGCAGUUGCUGCAAGACUUCCGGUCACACCAGUGUAUGCAGCUGUGGAAUGAUGAUAACCUGGGAUCGCUCUGGGCCUGCCCCAUGGACAAGUACAUCCACAGGCGCUGGGUCCUAGUGUGGCUAGCCUGCCUACUCUUGGCUGCGGUGCUUUUCUUCUUCCUCCUUCUAAAAAAGGACCGCAGGAAAGGUGAGUGCUUCCUGGUCCGGCUCACCCUCACAGGCUCCACCAUCCUUGUAGCGGCUCCUGGCACACGCACAGCCCUGCUCCUCCACUCGGCCGACGGAGCGGGCUACGAGCGUCUGGUGGGCGCGUUGGCGUCAGCGUUGAGCCAGAUGCCCCUGCGCGUGGCCGUGGACCUGUGGAGCCGCCGCGAACUGAGCGCGCACGGAGCCCUGGCCUGGUUCCACGAGCAGCGGCGCCGGACCCUGCAGGAAGAUGGCGUGGUCAUCCUUCUCUUCUCGCCGGAGGCCGUAGCGCAGAGUCAGCAGUGGCUGCAGCUGCAGACGGUGGAGCCGGGGCCGCAUGACACCCUCGCCGCCUGGCUCAGCUGCGUGCUACCCGAUUUCCUGCAAGGCCGGGCGACCGGCCGCUACGUCGGGGUCUACUUCGACGGGCUGCUGCACCCAGACACGGUGCCCGCCCCGUUCCGCGUCGCGCCGCUCUUCUCCCUGCCCUCGCAGCUGCCGGCCUUCCUGGACGUACUGCAGGGAGGUUGCUCCUCCGCCUCGAGGCGACCGGCGGACAGGGUGGAACGAGUGGCCCAGGCGCUGCUGUCCGCCUUGGACAGCUGUACUUCGAGCUCGGAAGCCCCGGGCUGCCGCGAGGAAUGGGACUUGGGACCCUGCCCUGCACUCUAAUAAAGGCCGAUGCAGUAUUCCUAACCGA